CAGACAGCAGAGCGCAUGUGCGCACUGGAUCAGAAAAUGUUGAUCAAAAAGGACUAGAGCAGAGACGGAAAGACGCGCAAGAACACGCAAACAUAUUCUUCUCAUUAGUGAAUUGUCGACUGUCAACCUAGAAUAUAACUUAUAAAAAAUGACGGAGCCUCAGUCAGCACUGUUACUCAGGAGACAGCUGGCAGAACUGAACAAAAAUCCUGUGGAAGGAUUCUCAGCCGGUUUAAUAGAUGAUAAUGACCUCUAUAGAUGGGAAGUGCUAAUAAUCGGUCCUCCUGAUACACUCUAUGAGGGUGGUGUCUUUAAAGCCCAUCUUACGUUUCCCAAAGACUAUCCUCUCAGACCUCCUAAAAUGAAGUUCAUAACAGAAAUAUGGCAUCCAAACGUCGACAAGAAUGGUGAUGUUUGUAUUUCAAUAUUACACGAACCAGGGGAAGAUAAAUACGGCUAUGAGAAACCAGAGGAGCGCUGGCUCCCCAUCCACACUGUAGAGACCAUCAUGAUUAGUGUCAUCUCUAUGCUAGCUGACCCCAAUGGAGAUUCCCCUGCCAACGUUGAUGCAGCAAAAGAGUGGAGGGAAGACAGACAUGGUGAAUUCAAAAGGAAAGUUGCGCGCUGUGUAAGAAAAAGUCAAGAGACUGCCUUUGAGUGAUAUUCAUCCAGCAGCUUGUAGCUUCUAUUUUCAGGGUCUCCAGUUGAGAAACAACAUGGCACUGUUUUCUUGCACUCUACCACCCUAUUGCUGGACUGGUUUUCAUUGAAUGUUGGCAGUAACAGGCUGGCAUUAAUAGGCUGCAAUAGAACAUAAGGCCAUCACAGAUGCUGACAGAACACGCCAAGCAAGUGCCAUCAAAAAAAGAGAAAAAAAAACGUACAAAUUAUUAUGCUUUUCUCCUUUUUUUUCCAAGUCUAUGAACUGAUACAACUUUCAGGAAUAAAUUGUAAAGAACUGUACAUAGCACAGACAUAAAAACCGGAUAAUAUAUAAUUACUGUUCCUAUCCAUCCAGCGAGACUUAGUACCAAAUAAAUUAGCAGUUCUGUAGUUAGAGUGUGACAUCCUGUAAAGUUUUUGAAGACUAUAGAUCAUCUUCCACCUUCCCCUCCUGCUGCCUCACAUCUACUAGUGUGCAUCAGAUCUGUUACAGGUGUGAGUGGUCUUGCAUACUUGCCUGUCAGUUUGAACAAGUGAAGUCUGCUUUGGUAUUUCUCACUCAAACUUGAUCAGGUUUUAGGAUGGGGAAGUCAGGGGUAAGCUAUCAUUAAAAUGAAUCAAGCAUGCUUGCCAUUCUGGACAGCUCUCACUCGGGACACUUCAGGUAAAAUGAAUGGCUGUAAAGCACGGUCAUUUUCUAAUUGAUUAGGGGGUCAUGAAGGUGUUUCUCUGGUUUGGAUUUUAAAUGGGGUGGGAGGGGAAUGCUCUUGCUUUGGCUGAAAGAGAGCUCUGUUAUAGAGGAUGACAGCAUUCUGAGUGUCAGGUUCUAAUCUUUUCCCAUGUUUCUGUUUGGAGCGGGGAGGCCGUGGCAAGGAAACCCAUCAGAUGUGUUUUUUUUUUUUAUUUUUAUUUUUAUAUAUUUUUUUUUUUGCAUGUUUAGGUUCUCUUUUGUUUUCAAAAGUGCCUCCAAGUUAAAUAGCUUGGCUUGUUACAUGCCCUGCAUCAAACAGGAGCUAACGGGAGGGACAUGUUGACAUGAGAACUACUCAACAUCCUCUCAAGCUUGUGUGGUGUUUUUUCCCCAUAAUUCUUGUACCAGCAUUAUGAAUUGUUAUUUUGGUGUAGCAAUAACUCUGAUUUGCCCACUCGUGUGUGGACAUGUUAAAAUUGGAUUCUCAAAUAAGAUUUCUGGUAAAGAUCUUGCAUAGAUUUCUCCCUUUCAUCACACCUGAUUAUUUCUGUUUUUUUACAGCUUGACGUGUGUGUGUGUGUGUGUGUGUGUGUGUGUGUGUGGUCUUUGAUAGGUUUCUUAGCCAUGCUUUAAAUGUAGGUUUCUCGCAAACAGUUUAUGGGAUUUCAGCUGAAAAGUGUGUGUGUCUGUUUGUGUUCAUGCCUGUAUCCUACACUCACUCUCACUCUCUCCCUCUCCUCCCACAAUCCUUAAUUCUCCGGUUAAUUUUAUUCUGGCUCUGACAGACUACUGCAGUUCUUUUGCCUAAUGUACAAAGACAAAAUACCGAUGUAUAUUUUUCAUGUUAUGGAAAUUGUCACCUCUUGUGAGUUCUUCUAAAAUAUAAUUUUUUUCAAUA